GCCAAAGAAAAAGAAGAGAGACUCCUAAGAAGACAAAUUAACAGAGAGAGACUUGAAGAAAAACGUAAACAGAAGGCUGCAGAAAAAACAAAAUCCCUAAAAACCGGAAAUCAAAAUGCUAAAGGAAAAAGCAGCUUGAACUUAGAAGAACAUUCAUCAAGAAGUCUUGAGUCAAAAGCUACUGGUACCAGCAUUAAGGAUGUGCUUAAAGAACAGAAAUUUUUAGAAAAAAAAGUAGCCUUGAGCAGAAAAAGAAAAAGAGAUUCAAGGCAUGCUGAAGAUGGCUGCAAAAAGAAAUACGAGCCAUCUGAAGAAGAUUCUAAAGAAAUGCAAAAGACAAAUGAGACUUGUGAAAAAAAUUCUUCCAAAGAAUUGAAGCAUAAUCAUGGGAAAAGUGAAAUCUCUAAACAGAUUAGAAGACUUUCAGAAUCGGUGCAUUCAACUGAGGAAAGCAAAAGUGAUUCUAAAGCAGAAAAAGAACAUAAAAGAAAAACCUCCACCUCUCAUCAGGCUGAAGGAGCUCAGCAGGACAGUGAAACAAGGGAUCCGAAAAGACAACUGGAUAGAGCAGAAGUCAAUACUGAAGAACUACAGAAGCAGAAAUCCAUAUUUAAAAAUGAAAAACACCCCAAAAAAGAUAGUGACACAGAAAUUCAACAUAUGAGAAACGUUGCCAAAAAAGAAGCCAAGUCUUACAGAGAUAAAAAUGAAAAGGAAAGAACUGCUUUAGAAGAUAAACUUUCAUUAAAGCACAAAUAUAAAGGAGAUGGUAUGCACAAAUCAAGUGAAGAUGUUGAACUCCAUUCAUUUGAGAGAAAUUUGAAAGGAGAGGACGGUGGUCAGAAACAUAAUCAACAAAUAAAGGUUUCCUCAGAUGACAAAUCUGAGAGAAAAAGUAAACACCGAAGUGAACGGAAAAUAUCAGUAACAGGAAAAGAUGGAAAAAAUAUUUCUGAAUCAACCUUGAAAGCUGAAGAAUUGCUGCGUAAGGAAAAUAAAAAAGAUAGACAUCUCUCAACUGAAAAGUCAAGAGCAGAAUACAAGUCCAAAAGGUCCCUGAGUGAUUCUAGGCCACAAAAGGAUUCCCUAAGUGCCUCAAAGCAACUUGCUUCUGCAUCACACAGAAGGAGCGAAAGCUACUCGGAAGAUAAACAUGAAAUAGAAUCAACUAACUCUGAGUGUAAUUUGAAACAAGAAGAUGGUGUUCAUAAAGAUAGACGAAGAUCUAAGAGCCUUGUAGAAGACAAGAUUUUGUUAAAGUCUAAGUCAAAGAGUCACAGUAAACAAUUCAAAGCAUCUGAAACAGAAUUACAGGAAAAUUUAACAAAACAAGAGACUGGUCAGAAACUAGACAAAGAUAAGAGCAUGGAAGAGAAUGAUUCAGAUAAGCAACACAAAUGCAAGAAUGAAGACAAAGUUUUUGAGGAGAGUAGUGCUGAGUUUGAGCUUGUAAGUGGCACACAAUCAACUCAGGGAUCACAAAAAGACUUUAGUCACAGAGUUAAGUUACAUUCUGGAGAAAGAGGAUCUGUAAAAGAGAAAUAUAGAGGUGAUAAAGAUUUAAGCAAUUCCAAACUAGAAAGAAGGUUCUCUGCUGAAGGUCACAAAAGCAGAAACUUAAAGCACAGCAACAAGGAAAUAAAGAAGAAGGAAGAGGGCAUCAAAUUGGAAGAUAAAGAUAUUAAAGAAAUGGAUAGUGGGCAUGAAAAAGUAUUGAGCAUCACAAUGGCAACGGAUAAAAAACAAAGUAAGAAGAUACCCUGUGAAAAUAGAAAAGGCAGUAUAUCAAACCAAGAUUUACUUGGAGAGGAAAAGCAAUCAGCUAGCACAACUGAAAGCAGCCAUGCUGCAGCCCCUCAAAAGUCAAGUAUGAAUAAUGAUGACUUGCAUUCUGGUCAUGAGGAAGAGCUGAUGGAACUUGAUUUGAAACAAACAAAAGUACAGGAAGCAUCUAACAUCGAAGGAAAAAACAUUCAAAACUCACUCCAAGCCACAGAUACAGAGUAUACAGCAAAAGAAAAAAUAUCUCUCUCUACUUCAAAUAAGGAAUUAAAACACAGUUUGGCAGAUCCUGAAGCUUGUGAAUUGCAGUUUCUCCCUGCAGCUGAAAAAACUGUUAAACAAGAAGGUAUCCCUAAUAAACAAGUUUGUGCCUCAGACACUCUGUCCAAACAAGCUUCCAUGGAUCAAGGACCCAAUAAACAAGGGGCUUAUAAAAUGAGCAUUGUGUAUGAAACAAGUGGUAGAAUCUUACUGAAUGUUCCCAGUAAGGAUCAAGCUUCAGAAGAUAGCAGAAGACCAAAGAAUUUAAAAACUGUGAUAAAUUCUAAUUCAGAUGAUGUUCCUUUAGCAAUUAAUUCUUCCAGAGAAGAUGCUAGUGAGGCAAAGUCCAUGGAUGUGGAUAUCUCGGAUUUUACAGAUUCCUUGGGUAGUAUGUCUAAAGAAUGCCAUAAUUCAGGUGGGACUUCUUUAUUUGAAGAUACUUUCAUUUUGAAGAAUGACGCAGCACAGGUUGUAUACAUGGAACAACAGGAUAGUGCAGUGCUGAGUUCUAUCGUGAAAGACGAUGGUGACAACACCACUAUGACAAAUAGUAUAGUGAAAGAUAAUGUGGUGCCCCAGCCUGAUGAACAGGCAAUAGAAGACAGUACAGCUGGGUUACCUAGUCAAGAAGAUUAUGGUGAAGCAGCGAAGUUAGAAAGCACUCAGGGAAGUGAAUUGAAAAUAAAAGAGGAAAACUUGAUGACUGACAUAACUGAGGAUUGUGGAGAUGUAACAACAAAAGAACUUCUAAAAAGAAAAGAAAAAGAGUGCUUGAAUACAGAUCCUUCCACAAAGGGAGAAAGAAGCACUAUGAUGGAUAACGUGGAAAAGAACGAAGUGCACGAUAUUGAUGAUAUGAUACAAUCUUCCUCUGUAUUCGUGCCUGAAAGAGUUCCUGAGGAAACAGUCAAAGGCUGUGUUACAGCCAGUGGGCAAGAAGGGAAUGGUGUGAUUGGCAUGGAAGAUAAAAAUGAAAGCAAUGCAGUAGGUACUAGUGCAGGAAGUAGUAAACUCAGUUUGUUGUACAGCAGCCUACAAACAACUCCAGCUACUGUGAUAGGAACUAGCACAGAAAAGAUCAUUGAGAGCACUGUAAUGGCCACUAGUACAGGAGAAGAAAGAGCUGAGGGUGCAUCACAUUCAGAAAAGGACAGUGAUGCUACAACCACUUGCUCAGAAGAAGAAAGCGAGGUGACCGUAAUCUGCACAAGCAUAGAAGCUGAUGAGGGUUUCACAACAGGUAUAUGGGUAAAAAGUAGUGAGGGCAGCAGUUUCAUCACAGGAGCAGAUAUUGGUGAGUGUACUGUUGCAGCAGCUGAAGAAGGUGGUGGCAAUGUUGUCACUGAAGGAUUAGCAGAAAGUGAAAGUUUCCUAACAAGUACAGAAGGAGAAGAAAAUGGUGACUGCACCAUGGUUGAUGCAGAAGAAAGUGGUAAGGAUUCAGUCAAUGCAAGUGGAGUAGAAACUGAAGACAGUGUGAAUAGUGCUGGGGCAGAAGAAAAAGAUGAUGCUGUGACUAGUGCAGGCUCUGAAGAAAAGCGAAAGACCUCAACUUGUGUAGAUACAGGCAAAUUUGAAAAUUCUGUAUCCUGCUUAGGUGAAGUGGAGAGCGAUGGUGCCGUAACUAGUGCAGGGACAGAAACAGGUGAAGGGUUGACAAGUGGUGACAGUUCAGGUGAAUUUAGGGGCAAUGUGAGAGCUGACGAAGUAAAAGAACACGAAGGUACUGUGACUUGCACAGGUGCAGAAGAAAGAGGUCAUAACUUCAUUAUCUGCUCAGUGACUGGUACAGAUGCCCAAGGAGAAAGCACUGUAACUGGUGCAUGUAUUGCAAUGGUCACAAACAACAGUGCCACAACUGGAACUAGUGGUGACAAAUCUGAGGAUACUGUAAAUGGUGAAAGCGCAGUGACCAGCACAGGCAUAACUCCAGAAGAUGAUGCUGAAAUUUCAGUAGUCUGCACAGGGCUAGAAGACAGCAAUGAGGGGUUUGCAGUUUGUUUAGAAGCUGAAAAAUGUGAAAGUCUAACGGACAGUACAAGGGCAAAGGAAGAAGCCAACAUCACUGUGGUCAGUGUAGGUCUGUGUGAUGAUGAAGGUUUUGUGACUAGUACAGGCUCAAAAGAAGAGGAUGAAGAAGGUGAGGGCAUUGUGACCAGUACAGGAAGAGGAAAUGAAGAAAAUGAGCAUGCUUCUACUUGUACAGGAAUGGAAAGUGAAAAUGCACUAAUUUGUAUAGGUGCGGAAGAAGGUGAAAGUUCCAUUAUCUGCAUAGUUGCUGAACAAAUGGAAGCUGAGUCAGGAGUGGCUGGCGCAAAUAUAAAUAAGCUUACUGUUGACAGCAUGACGAGUGCAGAGAAAGAAGCUAAUUGUGGCACAAACUGCAAAAACACUAAAGGGAUUGUUGAAAGCAGUGUAACUAGUGCAAGUGCUGCAGAUGAGGGUGCCUUGACUGUGCAUGUAGGAAAGCAUGAAGGUACAUUGAUUCCCUUAGAUGCCGAGGAAUGUGAGGGUCCCAUGACUAGUGCUAUGGCAGUGCAAGAUAAGAGUCAGUCUGGUGCUGAAGGCGAACAUGAGAAUGCCAUGACUGCCUUUGGCAGGAGAGAACUUGAUGCCUCUAUAAGUAGUGCAGUUCCAGCAGAAGAUAAGAAUUCUCUUAUUCAUGCUGGCAGAGAAGAAAAAGUAAAAGGUGAUAUGAUCUCUACCAGUACAGUGGAAGAAAGUGAUGCUCCCUUACAUUCAGCCAUAGAUGCUGAGGAAGGUCCACUUGCUGUUGCAAGAGCAAAUGAAAGUGGGGAAAGCUCUAUGAUCUUAAUAGAUGCUGAAGACACAGAGAUGCCUAUGCCCAGUACAGCUACAGAGUUUAAAGAGUGUGUGCAUACUUUUAGCAGUAAGCAGGAGAAAGAUGAGUGCACUAUGAUUUCCACCAGUAUUGUGGAAGAAUUUGAGGCUCCUAUGUCAAGUGCGGCUAUUGAAUAUGAUGGUCAGCUUCCCUCUGUGAAAACAGAAGAAAUAAAUGAGAAUGCUAUGGUUUCUAUAGAUAUGGAAAUAUAUGAGGUUCCCAUGCCCAGUGAAUCGAGUGCUGGAGGAGAUGAUAACGAUGAUGAUGAAAGUCACCCAACUGCUAGCGGUAAGGAAGAAAAAGAUGAAUGUGCUAUGAUUUCCACAAGUGUUCUGGAAGAACAAGUAAUCCUAAUGUCAGGUGAAGUCACAGAAGAUGCGAUUCAACAUGUGUCAGAAACAGAGUCAAAAAAUGAAACGGUAAUGAUCUCUACAAGUACAGCAGAAUGUUUUGAAGCUCCUAUGUCUAGUGUAGCUGUGCAAGAUGAAAACAAACUCACUGCUUCAGAAACAGAAGGAAGAUACGAAGCUGCUAUGAUCACUACAAGCAUGACAGAAGAAUGUGAGAUAGUCCUGAUCAGUGCAGCAGCACCACAAGCUGAAAGUCAGCUCAUUGUAGCAGAAGGAGACGAAGAUGCCAUUAUCUCUGCAAAUGCAUCAGAGGAAUGUAAGAUUGUGGAGACCACUGCCACUGUAGAUGAACAGUUUGGACUAGCUGCUUUCAAUGCAGACGCAAAAAGCAAAGGUUCUGUGAUUUUUGUGGGAGAAUGUGGAGCUCCUGUGCUGAGGGUUGCCACCAACAGUGAAGAUCAACACGCUGCUUCAAGUCUAGGAGAUAAGGAGGAGGGGGCAGUGAUCACUCUGAGCACAAUGGAAGAAUGUGAUAGUCUCUUCACCUUUACAGUCAUAGAAGAAAGUCAACUUGCUGCUGAGAGUACAGAAGUAAAAGACAAAAGUGAGGAAAUUUUUAAUACUGGUAACCAGAUUGAAUGCAUCCUAUCGACUACAGGCCCAGAAAAAAGCGGUAAUUCUUUGCUUGUCAUUGAUAGAGAGAACGAGACCCAUGAGAGUGGUGUGAGGGGAGAAUCAGCAGCGUCUCAGACCACAGUAGACAGUGAAAUCACAGAAACAGAUGAAAAUUCAGUAAACCUUAUGAGUGUAGACGAAGCCCUUUGUGUGGAGAUUAGUACAGAGACUGCUGUGAGUCCAAGUCCUUCUUCAGAGGCAAGUGAGGAUGAUGAGCAAGCUGAAGAUGUUUUGCAUGAGGAUGUUACAUCAGAACUCUCUUGUAUGAUUGCAGAAGCAGCGGUAGAGAGUGAAACUCUAAGGAACGUAAACUAUAAAUUUAACUCAAACUUGCUUUUAGAAAGUGACUUUUCUGAAGUAAGGACUCCGCUGCCUGGGGCACAGGCUGUUUCCUUAGUUUCUGCAAAUGAAGUGACUGUAAAUACCAACCAUGGUGAAGUGACGAUAGAAGCAGAAUUAGGGGAAAAAAGUGACUUCCCCGUGUUGCAUGUAGAAGAGCUAAACGGCAGUGAUGACAAAACGAACUUGGUCAAAAUAGAUGAUACUGGAAUUGAAGUUACUUUUCAAAAAAGUAACACAACCUUUAAUUCAGGCAAUAAUGCAGCUUUACCAAAGUUGGCAGAAGAACUAGAAUUUGAAAGUAACUUCAGAGCUGACAAGCCACAACAGCCUGAAAGUCCAAGAAACGAAGAGGGUUAUGUGGAUCUUCAUACUAAAGAGUUUCAGAAAGAUUUGCUGCAGAAGAAUACUGCUUUAGAAAGAGAAACUUUUCAUGUAGAAAAUUGGGAUACCCAGAUAACUGAAGAACAUAGAUCUAGAGGAAUACAACAUAAAUCUUCAGGAACAGUGGAUCAAGAAAAACGCAACCAGCUGAUUGCUCAGGUUGUGAGAAAAGAUGAUGAACAAAGUCAGUGUUCCAAAAUGAAACCUGAUAACAUCAAGGAAGUUAUUUCAGGUGAUACAGCGGAAGUGUCCAAAGAAAUUGCUGUAAAGCAUACACCUCCUAAAAGUACUAUGGAAGAAAAAGAUGAAUUUAUCAUCGAACAGGAAAUGUCUGAAAAGGAAAAGCAUGGUCUAGAAUCAAAUGAAAAUUCUCCAGAGGAAAAUCAGCCUGUAAUAGUGAAACGGAAAAGGGGAAGGCCUCGUAAAUACCCUCUUGAAGCUGUACAGCCUGGUGGUGGGGAGUCAAAAGCUGAUAUGAGCACUGGGAAUCUGCAGUUUCCUAUCUUUGCAAGUAGAGGAAAAACGCCUCAAACAGGUACAGACAUAUCUAAUAAGAAAGAAACAACAAAUGAAGAUGAAGCUGAGAAAGCAGAAAUGACUGUGCGUAAAAGGGGAAGAAAGCCCAGGCGUUCUCUGGUUCAAUCAGAGGAAACUGAAACACUGGAGCCAGAAAGAAAACGUCGGAAAUUAACGUCUUCUGAAGACGAACUAAAAGAGCAGGAGGAAGGUGAGGAAGAAGAUGGUGAGGAAGAUGAUGAAGCACAUUCCGGGGCCACAACUAGAUCAGCCACAAGAUUAGAGGCUCAAAGAAAGCAGCCCAGCAAGCCAACCACACGUGCAACUUCUAAAGGCAGCAGUCCAAGUUCAAUUUCUCCUAGAAAACGACAGAACCUAGCAGCAAAAAAAAGAUCUCCAAGUGAUACAAAAAUUAAUAAAUCUCCUCCAUUGACACAGUUAAAGGUGCAGUCUGCCAAGCGUAAAAGGGAAGACAGCCCAACAGCGGUACGGAGAAAAGGCCCGCAGAAAACAGAGGAGACACCAGUAAAGAAAGCAAAACGAUAAUCUUUACCAGCUAGUACUGUUCAUGGAAGAGUCAAAAGAGGAAAAAAACAUCUGUGCUUCUAUUUUUUUUAAAGCAAAGGGAUUUGCACGUGCUUGUUUCAGAGCUCUAAGUUAAUCAAUGCAGUACUUUUAAGUUACAUUUUAAACAGCUUUAUAAACUAUUGUUUAUACAGAAUAUUAUGUACAUUUAUUUCAGAUGAAAAAUAAGUUUACUUUGUAUCUGAAUGAAAAACAAAGUAGUUAUAUAUUUUAUCACUGACUUGGAAAGUUGGGGUUUCCCAAUGUGACAUGCUAAUGCAGAUGCUUCCAACCCAUGAGGUACCCUGGGCCUACUAAUACACUUUGUAUAUAAACUUGUACAAAAGGGUUGUAUUUUACUCUGUGUAUGAAUCUAAUCGAUGAUGGACAUUUUAUUUAUUAUAUGGAAAGCAUUGGUCUGUAAACUUUAGUAUAUACCUUAGGUUUUUUUAAUCAUAUAUUUUACAUUCUAUGCAGAUGUCAGUAGGAAACUUCCCCUCCGCUCCCCCAGGGCUGUCUAAAACCUGAAGUUCUCUAAAAUAUGCUCAGACAG